GUGUUAUAUACCAUACAAUAUACAUAUAUAUACAUAUAUUAGAAUAGUGUCUUCUUCUUCAUCAUCUUCUUUACCAUCAUCAUCAUCAUGCAUGCAUCUUCUUCUUGGUCCUUUCUUUAGUUCCGAUUUAUAGCUUUUUGACUAUUUUUCCUUCUUCUUCUUGGUUGCUUUCUCUUGAUCUCAGUUGUAGAUUAUUACGUUCUUCCACGCAAAGAGGAAGAUCUAAAGAUGUCAUCAUCAUCAUAUAAUACAAGCGUUGUUCCUUCAUCAUCCUCGACUCAGCCGUUCUUCAUCACCGGCUCCAGCGCCGGAGAUAACGCCUUUGACCGGAAAGAUACUUAUAUGUCAAUGGUUCAACAACCUAACUCCUCGGCUCCACAACCCAAGAAACGAAGAAACCAACCGGGAAACCCAAAUCCUGAUGCGGAAGUGGUAGCGUUGUCUCCAACGACACUAAUGGCUACAAACAGAUUCAUAUGCGAUGUAUGCAAGAAAGGGUUUCAAAGAGAACAAAAUCUACAGCUUCACCGAAGAGGACACAAUCUUCCAUGGAAGCUCAAACAGAAGUCAACCAAAGAAGUGAAGAGGAAAGUGUAUAUUUGUCCGGAACCCACGUGCGUCCACCAUGACCCCGCACGUGCUCUCGGAGACCUCACCGGAGUCAAGAAGCAUUACUAUCGUAAACACGGAGAAAAGAAGUGGAAAUGCGACAAAUGUUCUAAGCGUUAUGCGGUUCAAUCGGAUUGGAAAGCUCACUCUAAGACUUGUGGUACUAAAGAGUAUCGAUGUGACUGUGGUACCAUCUUCUCUAGACGCGAUAGUUACAUUACACACAGGGCUUUCUGUGAUGCAUUGAUACAAGAAACCGCUAGAAACCCUACCGUGAGCUUCACGUCAGUGACAGCUGCUAGCAGUGGCGCCGGCUUCCGUGGAUUUCAUGGGAGACUCGAGGGUGGCAACGCUCUCUCCCACCACCAUUUGAGUGACCAUCCUAACUCCGGAUUUUCGUCUUUCGGGGGUUACAAUCUAAACAUUGCAUCUUCUGAAAAUAGCAGAGACUUUGCUCCGCAAACGUCAAACCCUAACUUCUUAGUACAGAGCCAAGGAAUGCUGACUCAACCGAACAACAACAACAACGAUCAGAGUUUCAUGAACCAACAAGGUCUGAUCCAGUUUGAUCCAGUCAACAACAUAAACCUCAAGAGUAGCACCACCAACAACAGCUUCUUCAAUCUCGGAUUCUUCCAAGAAAACACCAAGAACUCAGAGACGGCUAUUCCUUCUCUAUAUAGCACGGACUCUCUUGUUCAUCACAGCGAAGAAAGCUUGAACGCGGGUUCUAACGUGUCAGCCACCGCACUGCUUCAGAAAGCUACUCAGUUGGGUUCAAUCACAAGCAACGAUCCUUCUGCUUUGUUCAGAGGCUUAGCUUCUUCGUCUAACUCGUCAAGCGUGGUUGUUAAUGACUUUGGAGGAGGGCAGAUUAUGGGCAACGAUAAUAACGGUAACCUUCAAGGUCUAAUGAACUCACUAGUGGCCGUAAAUGGCGGUGGUGCCGGUGGAUCCGGUGGCAAUAUCUUCAACGUGGACUUUGGAAACAAUAAUGUAAACAUGAGCGGCUCGGACAACUUAACUUUAGAUUUUCUUGGAGUUGGAGGAAUGGUGAGAAAUGUAAAUCGCGGAGGGGCUGGUCGCGGCCGUGUUCGUGGAGACGUUUCUUUGAAUGGUGAACUAAAGUUUCCGGAGUAAAAACAUCCAUUUGUAAGAACUUAAUAUUGCCUUAUUAUUAUAGACUUUAUCAUUAGGUGAUAACUUUGCUACCUUCGUUUGUUGUUUUCGUAAUCUAUAUAGUAUAUAUUAUUAGAUCUUUCUGAA